AACGCUAGAAUUUACUAUUUCGUCUUCGUCAGCUGUUUUUGUUUUGAAAGUUUCUUUUUAUUUUAAAACAAUAUCUCUGUACACAAUGGAAACGCUUGCAACUGACAUAAAAAAUAUUCCAUUGGAAGCGGUUGGUGCUGCUCAGCCCGAAAGAUUAGUAAAAAAUUUGUCCGAUGUUCAAAUUUGGUUGCGUUCGGAAGCUUUUUACGACCUCUUGGGUUUUAUUAAUGGAAUUAGCACAGCAGUACAGGGUAUAAGCCUAACGGACGCAUAUUACGUGUCAAAAGUCAUGAAAAAAUUGUUGGAAAUUUUCGAAAGAUUGAAUCAUUUAGUUGAUGUAACCCCACCGAUAGAUCAACCGCAACGCUUUGGUAAUAAAGCGUUUAGAGCUUGGUCUCGUAAAAUGAAUCACGAAAUAUUUCACGUGUUGCAGAAAUGUUUACCGGAAGAUAAGUGUAAUUAUGUUACCGAAUUGGGUUUUUACUUAUCAGAGUCAUUUGGCAAUGCGGUGCGUAUAGAUUACGGAACUGGGCACGAAUUGUCCUUCGUUUUCUUUCUAUGCGGUCUUUUCAAGUCUGGCAUUUUACAAGAGCGGGAUAAUGUGGCGUGUGCUUUGUCUCUUUUCAAUGAAUACUUGCUAUUUGUACGACGACUUCAAAAAACUUAUCGUAUGGAACCGGCCGGAAGUCAGGGUGUUUGGUCUUUGGAUGACUAUCAAUUUAUACCGUUUAUUUGGGGCAGUGCUCAACUUUCAUAUAAAAGUCCAUUUCCGCCAUCUAAAUUUCUUGAUGAAGAAAUCAUCACCACCCACAAAAAUAAUUAUAUAUUUAUAAGUUGUAUUGACUUUAUACAACAGGUUAAAACAGGACAUUUUGCGGAACAUUCAUAUCAGUUAUGGAGCAUAUCUGCAGUGCCUUCAUGGUCGAAAAUCAACUUGGGCCUUGUUAAAAUGUAUCAAAAAGAGAUAUUGUCCAAAUAUCCUGUUAUUCAACAUGUUUAUUUUGGAAAAUUAAUGUCCUUUGACAGUGUUACUCCCGGUACGACUAUACGAAGUGCGCGUCUGGGUGUUACACAAUUACCUACGACAUCAAAAAUGUCAGCAUUUUCUACAGAACUUGUCGAUGCCGAUCAAUCGCAAGCAACUUUAAGUGACGAUACGCCUGCAACAAAAACACGCGUGAGGUUAAAUGUUGAAGCCAGCACUUCCACCGAAGGUAGUGCAGAAUAGUGAAAUGAAGAAGCAACAAAUUGGUUUAAGAAACCUACAUAUAUAUAUAUAUAUAUAUAUAUAU